UUCAGCCUUUUAUUGCCCAACAAAAAGGGUCGCCUUCACCCUCGAGGUUAGACAGAGUAAAGACAAAAGGCUGGGUAACGGACGGCUCAACAAAGACGACCAAGGGUUGAAAAUAACACUGAAGCAAUGAGUUUAAAACCCAUGGACUCGCCAAAAGUGGCCAUCACCAGGAGGUCCAGGGUUCACGGUGUCAUGAUUACUCAGGUCGUCCAGCAAGUUCCGGCAGGAAAAUCGACACCCGACUUCACGCGAAAGCCGACGGCCGUGACUGUCCAUGACGGGAGAAGAGCUUUUUUCAAAGCAAUCAUCAGUGGUGAGCCGACACCGAGUGUCACGUGGGGACGAAACAAGGGGGACGUCAAUGACGCAGAGAAGUACAAGAUUAGAUAUGAUGAAAAAACCAAAGAACACAUCCUGGAGAUACCAAAAGCAACAGCUGACCUUGCCGACACGUACAAAUGCUUUGCCGCGAAUGAAUAUGGAACGGCUGUUUGCUCCACCACCCUCAAUAUUAUCAAAGCAAACGAGCAAGCGCCACAGGAUUUCAGAGCGAUGCUCAAGAAAACCGUUGUCGUCACCAGGAAAAAACAACUGCCGCCAAAGAAAGAGGGAGAGCUUGAUCCUAAACUCUGGGAACUGCUCCUCAGUGCACCAAAGAAAGACUAUCAAAGAAUCUGCUUGGACUUUGGGGUUACAGACUUUCGCUGGCUGCUGAAAAGACUGAAUCAGAUGAAAAAGGAAAGGGCAGAUGAACAGGCAAAGGUUGUUGAAAAUCUCGGAAAUGUGAAACAAAUUGAAGUGAAACCGAAUGGAAAGGCAGAAUUCAGCCUCGACAUGGCCUUGCUGGAUCCGAACGGCCCUAUUUAUCUGUACAAGGACGGUACCAUAGUUCCAUAUGGUAACAACGGGAACUCAAAGCAUAGCCUGCAGAAAAGUGGAAACGAGUAUUGUUUCACCAUCAAAGAUCCCCAGCCAGAAGAUGCCGGUUUGUAUCAGGUCGAUGUUGGAGAGACAAACGUUCUUACUACUGACUUCCAAGUUCCUGCAGUGGAGUUUGUAGACAAGAUGAAUAACGCGAAGGCCUCGGAAAACAAAGACGCCACUUUUCAUUGCGUCCUGUCGACACCCCUCAACAAAAUAACGUGGUCGACGCCAGACUCGUCGCUUGAACAUGGCGACAAAUACGAGAUGAGCGUCUCACAAGACAGACUGAUACAUACACUAACAAUUAAACGCUGUGACGAGGCUGACAAUGGAACAUAUUAUGCUAUUGCUGGCACUGCAUCAUGCAGUGCAUCUCUCGUGGUGGAAGCCAAUCCGAAUGCCUAUAAGGGUCUUCAGGAUCGGGAUGGCCUCGGUAAAUUGGAUUUGGAGCAGAAACUACAAACGGAGCCAGCAGACACAGAGGAAAAUGAUGGACAAAAUAAGUCUCACGGGAAGAUGGUCACAGGAGAAGGUGAUGAUUGUAGCAGAAAGACUGAUAAAACCAAGGGUGAUGGCUCUGAUGACGACUGCGGCUGGAAAACUGACGGGGGCCGUGGCGAGGGAAAAGGCGAGAACAAUAACAACCUCCUAGGAAGCGGAGAAUUUGGUGUAGGCAGAAGGCCAUUACGAACAGGACUAGUCGUCUCCAGCACAGCAAAAGAUCAAGGUGUUCAGUUUGUCAAUGGGCUGUCAGAUACCACCGCUAUUGCUGGUGGAUGGGCACAGCUAUAUUGUAAAUUAAGCACUGAGAACUCUGAGGGAAGGUGGUACAAAAAUGGAAAACCGCUCACCAAUGAGGACGGGGUCAGGAUUAUUAAAGAUGGAGCCUCUCACAAAUUGAUAAUUGACUGCUGUAAAAAAGAUGACGUAGGUGUGUAUCGGUUUGAGUCAGAUGGAUGUAAAUCGGAAGCUGCACUGAAUAUUCAAGAUCCACCAAUGAUUGACACCAGUGCACUUGGAAAAUUCAUAAAGCCAGUGAUUGUAAAAGAGGGCGAAACUGCUGAAUGGAAGCUUCAAUUCUCAGGUGGACAACCAAUGAACGUUCAGUGGAAAAAGGACAACGAUGAGCUUUUGCCUGCCCUAAAUGUGAAGAUUGAAAAAUCAGCCACUGAGAGCAAACUACGCCUUGCAAAAUGCCAAAGGAAAGACAGUGGCGAGGUUAAAAUAAAAAUAAAGAAUGAAUUUGGUACAAGAGAAGCAAUUUCCCAACUUAUAGUUCUGGACAAGCCCACACCACCACAAGGACCCGUGGACAUUAUGGAGAGUUCUGUGACAUCUGUUGAGUUCAAAUGGAAACCGCCAAAGGAUGACGGAGGAUGCCCAGUCACAAACUACAUCAUAGAACGCCAGCAAGUGGGACGUAACAAAUGGUUCAAUCUCGGUGAGAUCAGUGGCAGCAGUACAGUUUAUAAAGACUCUGAUGUGGACCCUGGAAGGAGAUACUGCUAUCGGAUCAGAGCCAGAAACUCAGAGGGUGUUAGUGACUACUCGCAAACAGAAGACAUACCAGCCGGAGAGCUACGUUAUCCGGGAGCCCCUCUGGCACCAAAAGUGGUCUGUGUUUGUAAAGAGUGCAUUGGUCUGGCGUGGUGUGCUCCAUGCAACGCUGGAGGGACCAAAAUAGUGGGCUAUAACUUGGAAAAAAGGAAGAAAGGCACUAAUUACUGGAGCCUUGUCAACCAAGGAGGAUCAAUAAAGGACUCCAAGUAUGAGGUGAAAGAUGUCUUUGAGGGGGCAGAAUAUGAAUUCAGGGUGUCAGCAAUCAACCUAUCCGGUCCCGGGGAUCCAAGCAUUCCAUGCGACACCGUAAUUGCAAGAGAUCCCAUGAAACCGCCCGGCAAAGUCACGGACCUCAGAGUGACAUUCGGCACCUACACAACCUUGUCGCUGGCUUGGACUAAACCCAAGGAAGUGAAAGGGUCGCAGGAUGAAGCCCAUGGAUAUUUUGUGGAGAUCAGACCCAUAGCGAGUCCGGAAUGGAACCGAUGCAACGACAACCCGAUUACUCCCACCACCUAUACCGUGCGUGGUCUAAAGGCCAUGGCUGCUUACUGGGUGAGAGUAGUUGCUACCAAUUAUGGAGGUGAUGGAGAACCUCGAGGCUUUGACAAUCACAUCACUGCCAUGCCCCCUCCUGUACACCCAAAGUUCAAAGAUCGCAACAUGAACAGCUUCGUGGUCGUGAGAUCGGGAAACACCAUUCGCCUCAACAUCCCCUUUGAGGCGUCACCCUUUCCGGAGGUCUCCUGGUUGAAAGACGGUACUUCAGUGCCCAAGCAUGUAAUAGUCACCAACUCUGAUAAAGCUUCUCAACUGUUGAUCCCUACAUCUGAGCGCUCCGACUCUGGAGUCUACACCACCAUGGUCAAGAAUCUCGUUGGCCAAGAGAGCUUCAUUGUUGAAAUUAGAGUAACAGAUGAUCCCAGGCCUCCAGGUCCUGUGGAGCUGGAUCAGAACGUUCCAGGAACAGUCACUUUGUCCUGGGCACCCUCUCCAGACGAGACGAAGGACGACAGGCUGCACUAUGUCAUAUCAAAGCGGGAUUCCUUCAAGCACACUUGGAGAACGGUGGCAGAAAAUCUCUUUAACAACAAGUUUACCGUUGUGGACCUUGUACCCGGGCGGCAAUAUCACUUCAGGGUUUUUGCUAAAAACGACAUAGGCCUUUCAGUGCCGUCUGUGUCGCCGGCAUUUGAAACCAAGAAGGAAAGAGAAAGGUUCUUGCCGAAAGUACCACCGACAAAAUCUGUGGACUUUUCGUCAGCGCCGUCAUUCAUCACCCCAUUGAGGCGCCACGUGCCUCCAGAAGGCUACGAGUGUCAGAUGAGCUGCGCGGUCAAGGGCGCCCCAGCGCCCCGCGUGGCCUGGCACCACGACAAUGUGGACCUGAGCGUCAACAGCAACUACUACAUCACCAAUGUGUGUGGCGUCUGCUCACUGCUUAUCCUGAGGGUGGGUGCCAAAGACGGCGGCGAAUACAAAGUUGUGGUCGAGAACCGUCUGGGAUCGGCCGAGUGCUCCAUGAUGCUAAACGUCAGAGAGCGAAGGACAUGAACGACGGAAGCUACAACAGAACAGCAGCACCAAUGUUUUUUUGUCUUCAUUCGCAGCUUUGACAAUGACCCACUAUUUUCUAGCUGUGGAUAAACCAUUAAAGUGUCAUUUCAGAAAGUUUUACUCAGCAUUUUUAGGGAAUCUCUCGUUAGCAAUACAUGGGGUCUUUGGUUUACGGCAGAGUUCCGACAAUGUAACCCAAAUUUGUACAGAAGGCAUUGCAGUCCAUCAUGAACCUUCACUAACACGGUAGUAAAAUCCUAAAUACAGUAGAUUUGUGCAAGGCCCACCACACAGUGAGCAACGUGACCGAAUGGAACUAAACUAUUGCGCGGUGUGCAGGGUUGUGCAACUGGUUUUCAUGAGUGGCCAACCAGCGGCAAAUUGGAGUUUUUCUCCAAUUUGAAAUUUAAAUAGCAGAAGAAAGGCAUCACAAGACAGCUCAUUGAAAGCCUUUGCACACAAAUGUACAGCAGCGUAUGUGUGUGAAACUUGGCUUGAUUACACUUCAUAAAACCAGUUACAUUCUCUUCUGUUAUGUUUUUAUGACUAUAUUUUACAACAUACUGCUACUUUCCUUUCUUAAAAACAACAAAAAAAGUGCUUUUUGGAGGACUGGAAUGGAUCAAUUGUAAUUCCAUUCAUUUUAAUGGGGACAUGUUUUGAGAUAAGAGUAUGGUCACGGAAUAAAUUAUACUCCUAAUAAUAAUAAUAAGAAGAAGAAGAAGAAGAAGAAGAAGAAGAAGAAUACUUCACUGUAUUUCUAAUUUCAUAUGUACCUGUGGAAGCUGAGAUCGGUUCCGGCAGGUCUACGACCCAAGUCAGGAUAAGUGGUACAGAAAAUGGAUGGGCGGAUGUACCUGUGGAUAAAAUAGAAAACUGUAGAGAGUCUUCGUCAUCAAAAUGCACAAGUAUAUUCAAUGACUGGAACAAAGAGCCUCUGAAAUUUUGUUCCUUUCAUUUCUUGUGUGUCCUCUUUGUAAUGUUAUAAUAUAGUGACAGCAGGCAGGGCAAACCGCUUCUUGACAAGGACGGCAUGUUGCUUACGGUUCAAUUAAAACAAAUCAAAAAAGACGCCUCAAAACAUUGGGGGCUGUAGUUUUUUCACAUCAGCAAGUUUAUUAUGUAUGCGAGGGUGAAUCGCCUCGUGCGCAGCAAGGAGUUAGCAAUUGUAUUUUUUGCUUUACCAUUGCUCGGUAUGUGUCGGGCCUUACGCCCACGUGCAAACUUGCUUGUUGCGCAAAUUUUGUAACUUCCAAACGUCAAUUGGGCGGUGAAUUUACCUUUAAGAAAAUGUUUGGUUGUUUUUUCCCACCAAAGAAACACAGUGGGUCUCUUCUCCUUACAUGGCGAAUUAAAAAUCGUCAACAACUCCGUCAACAGUUUAGUCGUGACGUUUGCAUUACUCCGGCAAUGCUAAUUUCCGAAGGUCCUGUUGGUGGUGGCAACGUACCGUCUAACAGCUACGUAAAAUAGUUAUACAUUCAUUGUCUUAACGUUUGGGUGUUUUACAAGACAUAUUUUUAAAACGUUUACUGUUAUCAUCAAGUAAUAAGUUAUACAUAUGAAUAUAUACAGUUGACUUCGGUUUCUAGCGUAGCAUGUUUGAAUGCAGCUUCCCGGAAAUUGGCAUUCACCUUCCGACGUGAAUUGUUUUCAAAAUAAAAAUGUGUUUGGGACCUUC